GGCCGUGAGAGCGGCAGGAGAGUUGAUUUGCUGAUCUUGUGUGGAGUGUCGUUGAUGUGAUAGAUUGUGUUUGUGUUGGUUAAGUGUGACUUACAUGCACGGGCUUGGGUUGUUGCUCUCGUUUUCCAUGAAAUGGAGUUCUGAUUGGUUAAUAAGUUUAAGAUGAGGAGCAGAACGAAGAUGGAUUGUAAAUACAUAGACAGACAGACACAUAGGCAGAUAUGGGAGACAGACAGGCAGAUAUAAUUAAACGCGAUCGAUGUUUGUUCCAGUAUGGGUCCCUUUGAAGAGCAAUAAUUAGCAUUUGUGUGAGUCGUAGUAAUCAUUUAUGAAAAUAUGUAUUAACAAACAGACGGACAGACAGAUCCCGGAUGUCGGAUGGUGCGGCCGCGAAUUUUGAACGCUUUCAGGCAUGCCAUGUCGCAAUUGGAAAGUUGUCCUUUCCCGUGUUACUCCAUUUUACGGGCUUUUGAGAAGGGUUCUCUACGAGAAGCUCACAACGUGGGAGAUCUGCCGAGUGAGUUCACCAACCGUUGCAUUUUGGGAGUUCAGCAAUGCCAGUUCUGCCGAAAAUGGUUCCUAAAGUUGGGUCAGCACCAGCCUCAGUGCAAACAACGCCAGAGAACAUCAAUUCCGAUUCCACAUCGAAGUAUCAGUCCUCCUUAUCGGCGCCCCUUUGAGUACCAUCAGAGUCGUCUGUUCAGUCGUCUUUCUUGUCGCCUCUUGUUCAGAAUUUGCUCUCAUCACCUUCAAUGGUUGAUGAACCUAUACACAGGGGUGUUGUUACCUGGGCAACAGAGCCAAACUUUGCUCCAGACACGAAUCCUUUGGCUCCAGAAUAACAGUGAAACUAAACAUUUAAUUAAUGUGUCCCUAUGCUGGAGUCCAAUCUCUAUCAAUGCCAUGUUACAGUCUUGACUCUGGGUCCUACAAGGCUAAAAGGAAGAUGAUGGCUGAGGGUACCAUAACAGCACGUGUAUGCAGAUUGCCAGUUGUGACCAGAGCUGACACUAGUGCGCAGCAAGCCCUGGGUGUUCCAGGGCGUUAGGCACUGUCUCCAGGUACCGGGCAGCAACACCCAAAUUAGGCUUCAAAAUUGACGACCACCUGCAACCCUGAUAUUACGUGCAUCUUUUGUCGAAGGUAUUGAUGCUUUAGAUCCAGAAUCGCUCGUUUGGGACUUUACCCGGGGAAUUUCCUUCGACUAUUUCCUCAGCGAAGCGCCACCAACAACCAUCAAAACUAUCAAACCUAGUUUGAAAGCCUCUUCUCUGGAUUGCUGUUCUUUCGCCUUAAUUAAAGAAAAUCAGGCAACAACCGCAAGAUUACAUGACAUUGAAGCUCCUGAUGUUGCUGCUUCGGAUUCUCCUUCGUCCUCCCGCGAGAGGAGGCAAAGUUACAGAGAAAAGUUCUUAGAUUCAACUACGACAAGUUACUCGCUUUCAAUAGGGAAGAUCUUCAAAUUUCACCUCCUCCAAGCCGCCAGCAAGCUACAGAUCGUUUGUAUGCUUACCUGGUUAGGAUGGGUGAGCUUUCACGAGCAGCUAAAGCACUUACCAGUUCAGGAUUGGCUUCAGCCAAUGAGGAGAAAACAAGCAAGUUGGCCACUAAGCACUCGAAACCAAGCAGUGACCUAAGUGGAGUACAUCCAUCAAAUAAUGAAGGGGUUAUUCUUAAUAAAUCAAUAUUCUACACAUCGCCAGCAUCCUCGUGGGUCUAACUCGGGUCCUUCUGGGUGGCGAUUUGAACAUCUACGUCUACUGAUGGACAAUGCGGGAACUGCAGAGGAUAUUUACUUUGCUGCUACUGGCAUAGCAGAAGGAAAGCUUUCUAAGUCAGCUUGCAAGUUAUCUUCAUCAGCUCGACUUGUUGCCCUUUCUAAAUCGUCAGUUAAUAUGCGACCGGGUGCUAUUGGUAAAGUGUUACGAUGUGUCACUGCGAAGACUAUCUGCUGCCAGCUGAAACAAUCACUUUCCAAGUUCUUUGCCCCAAUACAAUAUGGUGUAGCAACAGAUGGCGGAUCUGAGCUGGUUGUAAACCACAUACUUCUUCUCCAGGAAUCUAACAAACAUUGGUCACUUCUAAAAACAUGUCAUGUCAAAAAUGCCUUCGACUCCAUCACAAGGUCAUAUUUGAUGCAGAUGAUACACAAGUAUUUUCCAGAAAUAUACAACCACGUGUUCCAGAUGUUCUCUGAUAGCAAUCCACUAAGUCUCCAAAUGCUCAAGAAGAUAGCAUUAGUCAUCAUCUGCAGCAGUAUGUGUCUGUGUCCAGGUCAGGUUCUGACAGACUUCGCCUCUAACACCGAAAGACUUCAGCAUAAGUUGAAUGAUAAGCAAACAAAAUUUCAAGUUCAGUACAUGAUUGACAAUUCUUCAAUCAAGGACGCAACUCGUUUGAGAUUCCUUCAAGGAAAGGGCUCUGGAGCUUGGCUAGACGCUAUUCCCACCUCAAGAAAGCUUGCAAUUUCUUCUGGAUUAUUACACUUGGCAACAUUCAUGACUCUGUCAUUGAGGUUGGGUUUGCGUUUGCCACUGCCUCAGUCUGUAAUUGAAUGUGAUUGCGGAAAACACGGGGAACCUAUGCAUACCACCUCGUUACAUGCAAGACAGGACUUUGGUCACACAACACAAUGGUCUCUACUUGGACCAAAUGUUUGAAACGUGUGUCACUUCUUCACACUAUUGAGCCAAGAGACUGUUACAGCAGCUCUCAAUUCAGACCUGACAUAGCUGUCCAUAAUGCAACUGACUUCAACGUUGAACUUGACAUCUCUCUGGUACACUCGUGGAGCUCAGAAGUAAGUUCACGUGCAGCCACACCGGAUGGAUCAGCAGCUUCAAAAAAAGAGAAGAAAGUAGAGAAGUACAGCAAAGAAAGGCACACUGGUGGAGGUUCUCCUUGCUUGAUUCCCUUGGUUUUCGAACAUUUCGGACAUUGGGGAACAGCGGAGAGAACUAUCUCAACCAGAUCUCACUAAGAUAGCGUGAUGAAGAUGGAACAGAAAAUGGAUCACCUUGAAAGACUCCUAUGUUGUAGCAAAGUGGAGAGGUAGACCACUGUUUUGUAGUAAUAACUCUGUAUGAUAGCUACAAAGAUCAGAUGGCUGUUCGUUAGAGUUUUUCUCUACGACCACUAUGGUCGUUUAUCUUGAACUCAUAGUGUUAUAGGUAGCCUUUCUGUAUUAGCGUUGAUGUUUUCAAUAAAUGUUCUUUGACAGACAGAGAGACAGACAGACAAACAGACAGACAGACAGAUAAUUUAUUCUCAUAUAGAUUCAUGAUACAUACAGAUAUAGACAGACAGAUCAGACAAACAUUUACGAAAAGGCCUGAGAGACUAAGACUACCACGGUCAAUCAACAGACGUUUGUCAGUCAGUUCGUUUGUCAGUCUGUUUGUUUGUUGGUUUGUAUGUUGUCUGACGGUCUGCAUGUCUGUUUGUGCGUCCGUUUAUUCGUCUAUUUGUUUGCCUGAUUGUGUAAUAACUUGUGUGCAUUCGCUUGUCUGGCUGUUUGGUUGUGUUUAUGUGUCACUUUGUGUUUUUAUGCGUUUCUGUGUUUUACCAUCCAACAAUAAUGUUGACGCGCAGUGACGUAUCUUUUCUAGUGGUUUGUUGUGUGUGUGAGCGCGUGCGCGCGUGCAUGUUCAGGUGUAUGCACGUGUGUACUAUGUGUUUGUGCACGUGCGUCUCUGUUCAUGUACAUGUGCGUAAAGAUGUCACACACAUGAACGCUCCUAUGCUGACAUUCAUGAUCAUUAGUGCUCAUUCGCCUACUUCCCGACGUGUCUUCUUCUAAUCUCUAAAUUCCAGCUUACCUUCACACCCAACUACACAGUUACUCUACUGUCAAGAGUUAUUUUUCUUUUUAUU